AUGUCUAACAUCAAAGUGGAACUCGUCAACCAGCUGCCGUUCCCUGCCAUCACAUUCUGUAAUUUGUCACCGUACAAGAAAUCAGGCCUGAAACCCGACCCUGUGAUGGAGCAUUAUCUUCUAACAUUAAGCAGAAUGAAAGAUUUUGUGUCUCCUAUAGACUACGACCACCCUUGGUAUAGUAACCUGUCGCUCCCCCUACCGGAAGGAUGGCUUCACAACGUAUCAUAUAGCAUAUUGGACAUGUUCGGGGCAUGUGUUGACAUGAAAGACGUUAUGAACAAUUGUAUGACGGUUCUCACUCCAACUCUGACCGACAUCGGCCUUUGUUACACCUUCAACAGUAAAGAAUAUAUCAGGGAACAUGAAGCCUUGAUCACAACUAUAACCGGAAGUACCAAGUCGCUUGCGUUUUACAUCCAUGUCAACCAAGACGAGUACGUGUACAAUGACAACAUGGCGGCAGGAAUGAAGAUAGUUGUCCAUGAUCCAGACGAGGAGCCCGAUACCGACAAAGGUUUCUUCACCUCCCCGGGAUUCUCGUCCUAUGCCUCUCUACAACUUACCAAGUACAAGUACAUGCCGUACCCGUACCAGUCCAGUGGGGGUGGCUACUGCCUCGACACCGAAUCCUCCGACUUUAAGAACCCGCUGGAAUAUCACGACACGUACAGUCGUAAAGCCUGUCUGAGGGAGUGUAAAUAUCGCUACUUGGUCAGUACCUGUGGCUGCCAGGCGCCGACUGACAUUGGAACAGAGAGAAUCUGCACGUUUAGGGAGCAUGCGCAAUGUUAUGAUGUAUAUGCAGAUUUCUACACACGGAACAUGACCUUACAGAAGGAGUGUCAUUGUGCUAUUCCAUGUGUGUUUAACAUGUACAGCGCCUCCGUCACCACGGCCUACUUCCCGUCCAAGCCCAACAUAGACUUCUUCACUCAAAUGGGAUACAAGGAUAUGAGGACAAGUUUCAUGGAGGUGAGAAUUUUCUUCGACACCCUGAGUUAUCUGAAGGUCGAGUACCAACCGGAGUAUGACGUGGAAAAAAUAGUUGCAACUCUUGGAGGUCAGAUGGGGAUAUUCCUGGGCGCCAGUCUUCUAACCCUGUCAGAGCUGGUGGAAUUCCUGUUGAUGGCCCUUCUUGUGUGCUGCAAGAGAAUCAUCAACAGAAAGUGAUAAAUAUGGAACAAGUCUCCUUGUAAACCAACUUAAGAUGCCCAGAAAUAUCUGUGAAUUUUUCGCAAAAAACAUGUUUUCUAUCAUCAUUCUACAUAUGUCAUCGUCUCCAUUUCGAUUUCCUGUCUAUGUAGCAACAUAACAUUCUCAUUACGUCAUAUAUACUGUUACAAUGGAUGUUAUUAAUGUUUUGGGUAAAGAAACAGAUAGGAUGUGUGUGUGUAUCCAUCGCUUAUAAGACCAGUCACGUGACAAACCGUUUUCUGGCAGAAGUUACUAUGAAUGGAACACGAGUAAACAAAGCAAGUCCUCAGAUACCACUCAGUUAUAGCAUUGUAUGGUGUACUAUGGUCUUUAAUAAUGUUAUAAGAAAUACGACGUCAUGAUGUACUAAAGUAGUUAAACAUGAUGUACAAAUCCAAACUAAGUCAGCGUAAAAAUUGUUUCUGCUCCAUAGGGUCCUUGUUUUUCCCCAAAUAGGGUUCAUCGGUGGCGUUCCGACAAAAGCCUUUAACGAGAUUAUACAAUUACAGCUUUUGACUACAACAGAUACUUU